UUGGAAGGCCCUGCAAGGUCUGUCUACAUCAUUAAGCACAGUGUCACUGUCCAUUCCUUAUGAGUUAUCAGGUACGACGUCACCUGCCACUGUAAGUCCAGCCUACAUGAGGACACAGCUAUAAAUUCACUGCCUUACGAAGUUGGUACAAGGAGUAAGGCGAUCUCUCUGAAAGUGUGCGCGUCCAUGUUUAGCUGAAAUCGAUACAGUUAUGUGUGGAACUUGAGGCACUCGAGUGGCAAUGUUUCAGUGUGCUUUUACGGAGGAGAACAACUGUAAAGUUGUAAGACACAUCAUAAAACUCAUGUAAGUGUGACCCUUCGUUGCAUGCGGAAUCAUGUUUCAGGGAACAAUCAUGGUUUCCUUCAGAUUCCCUUUGUCACACCGGGGUCGUCUCUCAGCAACAUUUCCCCUAAGCAGCUGGGAAUGUGAUACAAUGAGGAAAUUACUCAUCUAAGAGGAACUCGUUGGCUUGUUUUCUGACUAGUCUGCUCCUUGCACUCCGGCAAGGUUGAUAUACUCCACAAAAUGAACACAACGUGCUUAUUGUACUCACAUGUUAGAGGACUGGAUGGUGGCCUUCUGUAUCCAUGCUGUGUUGAUUAUUCUGCUUCUGAAGGGGAGUCAAUAAACAAUAGGAGUUGAUGGUUGAUUCCUACUUGAUUGAUAGGACCGGCAGAGAGCGAGAGGAGGUACAUGCAAGGUGUUGUUGUUGUGCCAAGAGCGUACCCAAUGACUUUGUGUUGACAGCAGAAGUGUUCAGGAUACAGCAGGUCCUUUCAGCAAUCCUUCCGUUCUGCCUCAGCGAGCAAAGGAGGGCGUGGAUCAUCAGGAAAGAUGUUUUUUGUGGCGGGGGCCAAAAAAUCAGCAGCAGCGGACAGAGGAAAUGAAAGGAGUAGGUCAAUCUACCAGAAAUUUCGUGACGUAGAUUUACUGGACAAGAAGCAGACGGUGACAGCUCGGAAGCCCGGUGAGGAUCGGGCCAUUUUUCUGGGACUCGGGAUGAUCCUCUCCUCAGUCGUGAUGUACUUUGUCCUGGGGGUCACUAUAUUACGCUCCUAUGCAGAAAGUGUGUGGACAGAGGAAGGUGUGUGUAUCGUGCUCAACUCCACAGUCACAGCAGACGUGAACUGCUCCUACAGCUGUGGGUCAGAGUGCUGGAGAGUCUCCAAAUACCCCUGUCUGCAGGUCUACGUGAGCGUCAAUAACACAGGCCGUGUCAGCCGUUUAUCUCACAACGAGGAGACCCAGGACACCAGCUCUGAAUGUUUCUACGUACCCAGGUGCCAGAAGGACAGCGCGGCCAUGCACGUCAUGAUCAUGAACAUCUCCGAGCGUCUGAAGGCGAACCAGCAGGUCCCCUGCUACUACGACCCCAGCGAGCAGCAGGAGACCGUCCUCCUGAUGCGCCUGUACGACCACAGCGUCGUCUUCCACACGCUUAUGUGGCCCUCCUGCGUGUUCACGGGAGGGGCCCUCAUCAUCAUGAUGGUGAAGCUCACACAGUACCUCUCCAGACUGUCCGAAGAGAUAGGGAAGAUCAAGAGGUGAAAUAUACACGCAAGCAGCUGUCAAAGCGUAUGGCGGUUUGGUGAUGGAUAAAAUGACAUGAGAGAGAUUGUUUUAAACCAAAUGACCUUGCUGUGACCUCGUGCAAACUUUCCUCUCCGGCUGACGCAUUUGGAACAGCUGACUUUCUCUCCGGAUCGAGGAUGUGACUGUUUAUAAAAGCGAACUGAAUGUUCCGAGGCGGAAACUGUUAGACAUGCAACUGGCUGUUAUGCGGGGGAAAACUGUGACUGGAUUAUGCAUGGUGUUAAACAUUGUAAAAUGUUUUAUGGGCACGUGUUUACAAGAAUUUGUUACACUUGUAGUCAUAAAUGUGAGACAUUAUGAGCAUGUGCUUGCUAUAUCACAUAUGAUACACAUGACGACACCAACCAUCAAUUGACGGGAAAAAAACGCUGCUGUCUGUCUAAAAAUGUCCUUGUUAAUGUUGAGGAACAACUUUGAGAACUUCCUCAAACUUUCCUAUAUUUGGAUGAGACUGUUUUCUGAGACAAUACAAUGUCCUCAUUUGUUAUCCGCUCUCUCUGGGACCAAAUUAUAUGUGUAGGUCUCUCAUAAUGAAAGGUCUUCUAUGAAUGAACAUAAGGUGUUCAUAACCAAACGUGAUUUUUUUGUCGGUCAUGAUGUUGGAAAUACUAUUCAGGAAUUAAGCUCACCAAAGCACAAUGAAUAUAUAAAGGCCUAAAACACUUUGCACAUUCUUUGAAAAACCAAAGUUAUUGAGACAUUAUUACACAAUGUAAUAAGGCUUGCCCAGGCUCACCAAACAAAGCUAAAAAAAAAAAAAAUUCCAUGGUCACAAGUUCACUCUUCAACACAACAACUACUGCAUCCACCUCCAGGUUAUCUCAUGAAACAAAUACAC